AUGGAAAAUUUAAGACUAGAAGUAGAAGAUUUAAGAAAUUCUAUGAAAAAACUAAAAGGAAAAGAUAAGAUAAGAAGUGAUACUAGUAAUGUAGAUACUUGUAGUGAUGAUAGUAGAAAAGAAAUAGAAAAUAAUGAGAAAGAUUUAAAAAUAGUAGGAUACAUAGAAGGAUUACUAGAAGAAGAAGAAGAAGAUGAUACAGAGAUAGUUAAAGAAAAUGAUCAAAUUAUAGAAGUACUAAGAAAAAUGAAAUCAGUCAAUGCUAUAGUAGAAGAGGAACCAACAAGCGAUAUAGAAGAAGAGUUUGACCAAAACAAUAAUAAUAUAGAAACUGAUGCCGAAACAGAAGAUAUAAUAAAUGAAGAUGCUAAUGAUUAUCCUGAAUAA